AGACGGUAUCGCAGUACAGUAUGUGACUAGACCUUCUUAUUAUAGCUCAGUGGACUAGACAGGGCUGCUAACUUUUCACCCGUGGAGAGAGUGUUGCAGCUGGAGUUUAGUAACGAGCUGUCAAAAUAUUCAUUCAUAAACUACACGGUUAACAGGCUUACAUUGCGUUCUGUAAGUACAUAAAUGUGUCUUUGGAUUGUUUGUGUCAUUGGAAACGGUGUGCGCUUGGUACUGGCGAGACGUCAGCACUAUAGCUAGCUCGUUAGCCUUUUGCUAACUUAGUCAGCUAGCUAGCUUUUUGUGUGAAUUGUUCAGGAGCCAGCUGGCUGGCUAUAUCUGACUGGCUAGUUCUACUCAAAUGAUGUCCCUCCCGAUUGCCAAUUUGUCCCUCAAUCAGGUACAAGGUAUGACAGAUGAUCACCGUCAUAGUAACGUUAGAUAAGCUAGCUACUGUAAUGUCGCUAUCCAGUCGCCAGUACAGCCAUCACUGGCUUGUGGUGAGAGAUGUAAACACAGCCUACUGCUCUCGUUGUUAGCUAGCUAACUUUAUUCGUUCUAACACGGUAUCCAUUUUGCCAUGCAUAGGAUUUACGUGAGUAGUAAGCGUUCAGUGAUCAAAGACCGUUAUGUCCAUGUCACCUAACUAGUCUUGCUGGAGGUUUUUAGGGUUGUCAUUCAGUAAGCCAUGACUUCCAUAAACAACAGUCUGAACUUCUUAGCUAGGGUGUAAUCAUUAGUCCAAACAGUGCAACUUAAACGAGAGUUUCUAUUGGACAAAUUCAGGUAGGUCCCUCCCCCAUUUCGUUCCAUUUGCUUCCGUUUAAGAAACGUUUUACAACAUAAUCUGCGUAAUGAAUAUGCCCCUGUAUGUUAUUGUCAGAACCCUUCAAGCUGUCAGUUUCUGUCUCAGGCUUUCUCCUGGCGUAUAAUGGAGCGGAUGAGGGGUGGGCGUCACACCCAGUUGGGCGUGGCAUGAGACGGGGACACAUCCGGGUGUCACAGCUACCAUCCUGCAACCCCCUCCACCCCACCCCAACCCCAUCAACAUGGCCUCCAGCUACCUGCACCCCUUCGAGGGCACAGGGGAGGUGAAGGAGGGCUUCCUGUGCCCGCUUUGCCUGAAGGACCUGCAGUCAUUCUACCAGCUCCAGGAGCACUAUGAGGAGGAACACUCCGGGGACGACAGACAUGUCAGGGGACAGCUCAAGAGUGAGUCUGUUAAUGCUUGUCUUUCCAUUUAGGUCAGCUAAUAAUGACCCAAGAGUGAGUCUGUUGUAGCCUGGUAGCCUUCCACCCUUCCUUGAAGUAAUCACUACUGUCUUCCUGUUGGCUGCAGGUCUAGUCCAAAAGGCUAUGAAAGCCAAAGACAAGCUGCUGAAGAGGGAUGGAGAGGACAAGUCAGAGACAGGCAGCUAUGAGUCCUUCUACUAUGGCGGAGUGGACCCCUACAUGUGGGAGCCUCAGGAGCUGGGUGAGACUGGGAGCAGUAUGCAGGGGGGAAACUGGGAGAAGAGAGAUGUGGUGGGGUGGUAGAGGGCUUCGCAUCCGCUGCUCAAACAAGAAAUCCACAGUUCACAAGAGAUGUAUUGGUCUGGUCAUUGCAUGCUACGGAGUCAUCUCACCUGAAUUGAAACUAAGAGUGUUGCAUUGUUAUGGUCUCUAGUUUUAGAGACUGCUUCCAUCCAGUCUGAUGGUGUCCCCUCUUCUCCCCCGUAGGUGCCACCAGAAGUCAUCUGGACUUCUUCAAGAAGCACAGAGCUGCCAGGAUCGACCACUACGUCAUUGAGGUCAACAAGCUCAUUAUCAGGCUGGAGAAAGUGAGCACACAAACUACUGCAGACAAUCACAAGUCAUUUGCCCUUUGGUUUGUCAAUGUGGGUUUGACACAUACAGUAGCAGUUACACACCCUUACUGUUAGGACAUAACUCACCAUGUAUCCUCUCUUGUGUUUCAGCUGACAUCCUUUGACAGGUUAAACAUAGAUGCAGGCAAGAUUAGAGGUGAGUUGAGAGGGGUCAUAUUGCAGUAUAUUUUGUUUUUCACCAUCACAUUAUACAGGACCCACAUUUGUUCUUAUUGAGUACAGCUCCUCCCUGUGUGAAUUUGAAUGUCAUUUUCUGUGUGUGAAUCCUGAAAAGCCGCUUCUCUCCCUCUCUCUCUCUAGCGAUUGAGAAGUCUGUUGUGUCGUGGGUGAGCGACUCUGAUGUCCCGUUCUGUCCCGACUGCGGGAACAAGUUCAACCUCCGGAACAGGCGACACCACUGCCGUCUCUGUGGCUCCAUCAUGUGUAAGAAGUGCAUGGAGUUUGUGCCCCUGCCUUUGGCUUGUGAGUACACUUACACACAUACAGUAAUAUUACAGCGAUAUUCCACCCAUAUUUAACCAGAAAAUCAACAGUGACAUCAGUGUUUCUCAGAAUUAGUUAGCUAAUGCAUUGAUCCUGCUUAGUGACUCACCAACCUGUUCUCUCCUCUCCAGACAAGCUGACCAGUGGGACACGGGAGGCCCUGAGUGUUCCAGGCAGCCCGGGCCAGUCCCAGUCCCCUCCAACAGGGGGUGGCGGGGGCAGCGUCAGCGGGAUGGGCUCCAGGAGGGGCAGCAUCAGCAGCCUGAGCAGUGUCACUUCCAUGCUGGAAGAGAAGGACGAUGAGAGGAUCCGCUGCUGCUGCCACUGCAUGGACACUCUGAUGAGGAGACAGCAGAAACUGAAGGAGAAGGACCACGUGCCUGACAUUGUCAAGCUCUACGAGGUAACACACUGUUAUUUUGUGUAUGUCCCUGUUGUUCACUGUCUAGUGAGCUUGCGGUCAUUCACCAUCCAUCCUCCUGUCUUCCUCCCAGAGGCUGAGGCUGUGCAUGGAUAAGGUGGACGAGAGGGCUCCAGAGUACAUCAGAAUGGCUGAGUCUCUUAAGUAAGACAUAGUCUGUCUCAAAUGACACCUCAUUCCCUAAAUAGGAUACUACAUUUGACCAGAGCGAUAUGUGGCUGUGGUUCUGUUGUUUAUCUUCAUGGUCAAACUUUAACUUCUCACAGUGCUGGAGAGACCACCUAUAACCUGGACACGGCUGGUGGACUGAGAAUGGAAGUCCAGAAAUACUACGAACUGAUCGAUGCACUGAGGUACAUACUAUAUCCAGAAUGUGUUACCUGUAUGGAGGGUUGGGUGAUAUGAGGGACACCUCUUCUACGAUAUGCUACUCUAAAUAUCGCAAUAUCCUAUAUAAUCGCUCUGCGCCAUUAAUGAUUAGAUAAUUCCAGACGGUGCAAUUUGUUUUGCUUAUUUACAAUAUUCUCAUUAAAUAAUCUUAGUAUGGGGAAAAAAUAAGGCUUAGUUCAUUCAUUUAGACUUCAUUUUCAACAUAUUGAGACAGCCUAACUGAUAACACAGUUUUGAUUUGCAAAGUUCAAAUAGAGUAUGGUCUUGCACAUCACAAUAUAUCGUCAGUCAAAUAUCACGAUAUUCAAUUUCAUCAUACACUACAUGACCGAAAGUAUGUGGACACCUGCUCGUCGAACAUCUCCUUCCAAAAUCAUGGGCAUUAAUAUGGAGUUGGUCCCCCCAUUGCUGCUAUAACAGCCUCCACUCUUCUGGGAAGGCUUUCCACUAGAUGUUGGAACAUUGUUGCAGGGACUUGCUUCCAUUCAGCCACAAGAGCAUUAAUGAGGUUGGGCGUGGAUGUUGGGCGAUUAGGCCUGGCUCGCAGUUGGCGUUCCAAUUGAUCCCAAAGGUGUUCGAUGGGGUUGAGUUUAGGGCUCUUUGCAGGCCAGUCAAGUUCUUCCACACCGAUCUCGACAAACCAUUUCUUUAUGGACCUCGCUUUGUGCACGGGGGCAUUGUCAUGCUGAAUGAUGUUGCUUCCAGAGACAGUUUGGAACUCGGUAGUGAGUGUUGCAACCGAGGACAGAUUAUUUUUACGCGCUACACGCUUCAGUAAUCGGUGGUCCCGUUCUGUGAGUUUGUGUGGCCUACCACUUCGCGGCUGAACUGUUGUUGCGCCUAGACGUUCCCACUUCACAAUAACAGCACUUACAGUUGACCGGGGCAGCUCUAGCAGGGCAGAAAUUUGACAAACUGACUUGUUGGAAAGGUGGCAUCCUAUGACGGUGCCACGUUGAAAGUCACUGAGCUCUUCAGUAAGGCCAUUCUACUGCCAAUGUUUGUCUAUGGCGAUUGCAUGGCUGUGUGCUCGAUUUUAUACACCUGUCAGCAAAGGGUGUGGCUGAAAUAGCCGAAUCCACUAAUUUGAAGGGGUGUCGACAUACUUUUGUAUAUAUAGUGUAUUUUGGCCCAACUGUACUUUGAAUAAGAGUCUCUGGUAAAUAAUCAUAUUAUUAUAACAUUCUCUAUGUAUUCCUGUCAGUAAGAGGAUCUUAACACUGGGAAUGAAGGAGGAGCCACAGCCCCAUCCAAAGAAUCUCCAGCUGCAGAGGAUGGUCAGAUACACAGCCACACUGUUCGUCCAGGUGAGACACAGAGAGUACACUACUGUACAUAAAGAGCAACUAUGGAUAAGCUGAAUGGUGUGGUGAAGAGUGAACGAUUAGUCAUUUUCCCCAGAAUAAUAGCACAUUACACAACACAUUCAAACACCUCCCUCUGUCUCUUUCUCAACCCUUUUCUCUCUGUUUCUCUCCAUCUCUCUCUCGCCCUUCCUCCUCCCUCCUGCAGGAGAAGUUGCUGGGUCUGAUGUCUCUGCCCACUAAGGACAAGUAUGAGGAGCUGAAGGAGAAGAGGAAGCAGGAGCAGGAGAAGAGGCUCGCCCAGGAGAGACUGGUGAGGAGGCUGCUUAUUAUUUAAACUAAAGACCCAAUAAUGAUACUCCAAAAAGGAUCUGAUAUGUCUGAUACCAGAAAAGCUAAAAGCAACUGCUUUCAUAAGUAGUGUAUUAUAUAGUAAAGCUGUCUCUAAAAGCGUACCUUCCUAUCAUGCUGCCCAGGAGGCCCAGAAGAGAAGGCAGGAAUCGGAGAAGAACCGCCCGGCCGCCAGCACAAACGGGGAGCCUUCCCAGGCCCCCAGAGCCGCCCGCAUGACCAAAGCUGGGGGCUGGCUGCCCUCCUCAGACACCCUCCACACCCGCAGAGAGCUGGAGGACCCCAUGCUGCAGCAGAUAGACAACAUCCAGUCGUUCCUGCGGCAGGCCAAGGCCGCCCAGAGGCAUGACGAGGUGGCCAUGCUGGAGGACAACCUCAGGCAGCUGCAGGUGGGGAAACCUACAAAAUGUUACAAAAUGUUGCAUGAGAAUUUGUGUUGAUUUAUAGUAUUUAUUCUGCUAUAAAGUGCAGUCGGAAAUUAUUCAGACCCCUUGACUUUUUCCACAUUUUGUUACGUUACAGCCUUAUUCUAAAAUUGAUUAAUUUGUUUUUUCCCUCAUCAAUCUACACACAAUACCCCAUAAUGACAAAGCAAAAACAGGUUUUAGAAAUCUUUGCAAAAAAUUAUACAAAUGAAAAAAUGAAAUCACAUUUACAUAAGUAUUCAGACCCUUUACUCAGUACUUUGUUGAAGCACCUUUGGCAGCGAUUACAGCCUCGAGUCUUCUUGGGUAUGACGCUACAAGUGUGGCACACCUGUCAGGUUGGAUGGGGAGCAUCGCUGCACAGCUUUUUUCAGGUCUCUCCAGAGAUGUUCGAUCAGGUUCAAGUCCGGGCUCUGGCUUGGCCACUCAAGGACAUUCAGAGGCUUGUCCAGAAGCCACUCCUGUGUUGUCUUGGCUGUGUGUUUAGAGUCGUUGUCCUGUUGGAAGGUGAACCUUCGCCCCAGUCUGAGGUCCUGAGCGCUCUGGAGCAGGUUUUCAUCAAUGAUCCUCUGUACUUUGCUCUGUUCAUCUUUCCCUCGAUCCUGACUAGUCUCCCAGUCCCUGCCGCUGAAAAACAUCCCCCGUCUGGCCACUACCAUAAAGGCCUGAUUGGUGGAGUGCUGCAGAAAUGGUUGUCCUUCUGGAAGGUUCUCCCAUCUCCACAGAGGAACUCUUGUCAGAGUGACCAUCGGGUUCUUGGUCACCUCCCUGACCAAGGCCCUUCUCCCCCGAUUGUUCAGUUUGGCCGGGCGGCCAGCUCUAGGAAGAGUCUUGGUGGUUCCAAACUUCUUCCAUUUAAGAAUGAUGGAGGCCACUGUGUUCUUGGGGACCUUCAAUGCUGCAGAAAUGUUUUGGGACCCUUCCCCAGAUCUGUGCCUCGACACUUUCCUGUCUCGGGGCUCUACGGACAAUUCCUUUGACCUCAUGGCUUGGUUUUUGCUCUGACAUGCACUGUCAACUGUGGGACCUUAUAUAGACAGGUGUGUGCCUUUCCAAAUCAAGUUGUAGAAACAUCUCAAGGAUGAUCAAUGGAAACAGAAUGCACCUGAGCUCAAUUUCGAGUCUCAUAGCAAAGGGUCUGAAUACUUAUGUAAAUGUGAUAUUUCCAUUUUUUUUUUUUUUAUCACAGAAAUCUAAAAACCUGUUUUUGCUUUGUCAUUAUGGGGUAUUGUGUGUAGAUUUGAUGAGGAAAAUAAACAAUUUAAUCAAUUUUAGAAUAAGGCUGUAAUGUAACAAAAUGUAGAUAAAGGGAAGGGGUCUGAAUACUUUCCGAAUGCACUGCAUGUACUGCGAUUACAAUGCAAUGGACCUUAACAGGGCUCUGGUCCGAAAUAGAGCUCUGUGUAGGGACUAGGGUGUGAUUUGUUGAACUGUGUGUUCUCCAGGAUGAGUACGACCAGCAGCAGACCCACCUGGCCAUCGCUCUGUCCCAGGAGGAGAGCCUACAACAGGAGGAGCUGCAGCGCCUGGAGGACAGGGAGAGGGGGAAGAUAAAGCACAGGGCUCAGAGCGAAGCCCCAGGAUCCACCCAGGCCACAUACACCUGGCAGGGCUCACUGAACUUAACUGAUACAGGGAGCCUCCAUAGGGAGGGAGAGGACGAGGAUGAAGAGUUGACCCCUAAAGCAGAGAGGAGCCCCCUGUCCAUGAGGGCCUUCCCUGCCCUAACGGACCAGGUUGAGGAGUCGCCCCCGCGGCUGAGGAGGCUGGGGGAAGAUGUAGAGGGACAGAACAGCGCCUCCCUCAACCCCUUUGAGGAGGAAGACUCCACCCCUGUGGAGGAGGAUCCGUCCAACCCGUUCUCCGAAGAGAUCCAGGCGGAGCACAAGGAGGUGGCUAAUGGGAAGAAGGAGUACAACCCAUUUGAGGAGGAAGUGGAGGGCGGGGAGCAAGGGCAGGCUGAGGGCGCCACAGGCAACCCUUUCGAAGAGGAGGAGAACGAUGAAGGUAACACUUUUAAAGAGGCUUCUGGGAGUACCCCGCCGGGAGCCUCGACCAAUCCCUUCGAGGGGGAGGAUGAGGUGGCGAUGCCAGAUGUUGACCUGAUCGAGGAGGAGUUGCUGCUGCAGCAGAUUGAUAACAUUCGGGCGUACAUCUUCGAUGCCAAGCUCAACGGGAGGCUGGACGAGGUAGAGCUCCUGUCAGAGAACCUGAGAGAGCUGCAGCGCACCCUGCAGGAACAGAAGAGUAAGACACACUGACAGAGACACCACCUCCUCCCAUUCUCCAUGCCAUCACCUGAUACUUACAACAGGGCUUCCCACCCAGGGCUAGAAGGCCAGUCCUGAGACUCUACAGUAGUUCCCUUUAAAGCUGGGAUCUGCAAAAGGUGAAAGAGCGCCACUGGUCGCCCCAGGUGCAUUUGUUAUUGUUUUUGUUUUGUUUUUCAAAUGUAGGAGAUGAGCAUCCACCAUCAUGAUAAAAACAAUUUGAAGUACAUACUCUGC